GAGAUGUAACGGCGGAGCGGACUGACUGCCUCCAACCCGUGUUCAGGCGCGCUUGGAACGGAUAAAAUGUCCACCUCGAAGGAGACGAACACGUGUCCCGACGGCUACCGGGCUUUAAGUACCGCCGAGCUGCGCGAGCUUUUACAAAACGACGACAAAAUGGACAAAAUCAUCCGACUCAAUGAGAAGUUUCAGGAUCUUCAGGUGGACAGGGAGGUGAUGCUGACCUCCAACCGGAGCCUGGCGGAGGAGAGCCUCGCUCGACAGCCCCGCCUGAACAACGGCAAGCUGCAGCUGGCAGACAAAUACAGGGAACUGUCCAGCCUUGUAACCACGUGCUGGGAAAAACAAAGUCAACUGGAGGCUCGCGGCCAGAAGCACCGCCUGCAGACGGCGCAGAACCUCCUGCAGGAGGAGGUGGCGCGUGCUGAGGAACAAUCGGAGGAGCUGCUGGAGAAGUUCAUGGAGGGGAACGUAAGCCUGGAUGAGUUCUUGGACUCUUUUCAGAGCUCCAGGAAGACGUAUCACAUCCGCCGGGCUCAAGCAGAGAAGAUGCAAGAGGUCGUUCAAGCCAAAAGGCAGCCGAGCAAAGCCAAGCGAGCGGAGGAGAACCAUGUUCCUGAAGUCAGGAAGGACUCUGAGCAGCCUCCAGAAGCCCACAGACCCAACGGCUUCAUCGCGCAGGGACCUCUCAGGGUGUUCCAAGUGCGCUACGGCCUGACGCCGGCCAUCCUCGUCCCUCAUUAUCCCGUUUCCCCACCUGCCUCGGCUCCCGUCCAUCAAAGUAGUAGCUCUCACUCUGAACCCCAAGUGGGCCAGCCCCACAUCCUGAGCCCCGGCAACCCGCUUCCAGGACACGGCCAGCCGGUUGGGCUCAGGGUCAUCGGACAGCUGUCGGGCGGCUGGCCGGCUAACGGGCGGCCAGUUCGAGUGCAGCAGCUUUACAGACCGAACCCUCAGCAGCCCGAACCACCGUACCGAUAGACUCCGGGUGGUCUGAGGGAGAUUUAAAAAGGUGGUCGGAGAGGAGACCAGCAGUGUCUGUCAUGAUCAUGGUGGCAAAGACUGGCUCAGACUGGCAGCACUGAAGACCUUCGUUUCUGUUCUCCGUCCGUGACACUCACAUGUAACCGUGAAGGGAAGCCGG